UCUAGUGCUACAAGUGACCAAACACUCACCUCUGGUGCGACUGGGGACUAACCAAACGGUAAGGAACUUCUCUGUUUAUUAUUGACGCAUAGAGUCCGAAUGUGUCCACUGAUCUGCACCAGCAUAAAAUAUGCAGCUUAUAUGCAGGUGUGCCUGAGAUGCACCAUAAUUCAGAGCUAUCUAUCUGCCAGCGUUUUAACCAUGUGUCUCACAAGGCACGCUGCGCGUCCUGUUAGCAGCCCGCACCCCCAUUUGUUAUUUCACAGACAGCAUAAAAUGCCUGGUUUAUAAACAAAAUGUCACAAUGUGACUAACAAGUGAGCCAAAAUAAGCCAGAUUUCAAGUCAUGCUAAAAAAAAAACAACAACACAUUGCACAAUCUAUGUAUUUUUGAACUUCUGAAAACUGUAAUACUAAAUUGAUAUUCAAUGUUGAGGUUCUCUACAUGGAGCAGUCAACUGGGACAUUCCAUUGGUUUCCAUGGCAAUAACACCACUUUUAGAACUCUCUUCAUAAGGGACAGAGAGGGCCUUGUGUAUUAGCUAUUCCCCUAACGUGAAAUAUUCCAAAUUGCUAUGUUUGUCUGAAUUAGAUCAUUUGCUUUUUUGUUUGUUUUAAUUCACUACAUCGAAUAAUACUAUCCAAGCACAUUAAAUCAAGUUACCAAGAGGUGUUUAAUUUGCAUACACUCAUCAGUAAAAUGACUGAAAUGGACAGCUACUUAUUAUAUGCCUUCAGAUACGCACUCACAUAAUGGGUUUAACUAUUUUAAAGUCUGUUAAUGUUCCUCAUUGGUGAACAUACAUCUCCCUAUGUAACAGUUGCUGAUAUAACAUGUUGUGUUAUCUUGGCCAUUAGACUUGUGUUUAUCAGAUAAGACUUUCUCAAUGAGCCCAAUUUAUGAUUUAUUAUUCCAGAGUGGUGUAUAGUAAAAUAACACCUGUAUAUCUAACGUAUACACAAUGAGAAAAUAUCAUGCUGUAAAUUCAAAAUGACAUGAAAUGUACAGCUUCCUGCUCUCGGUAUCAAUUAGAUGAAGUGGUCUGGGUGCCUUUAAGGACACACAAAAUACAUUUUCUUUCAUUCGGGCCUUUAACUUUUGAAGCUGUGUCCUUAAGGGGUUAACAAGAUUCAGUGAAUACAUGACACUAAAAUAUUGUUGAUAAUUAAAUAUAUAAUUACACAUUAAAUACACUGUUACACAUGUACAUAUGAUGUAUAUAGCUUGAGCACAUUGUUUUUAUUGAGAAACAUGCUGUGCCUUUAAGAAAUUUUUUGGUUAAUUCGGCUGCGUUCACAGGAUCUGAGCGCUUUUUGGAUAUGUUGGGCGCUCAGAUCCAGGCUAUCUGGGAAUAUAGACUUGAGGGGAUACCUCACUGGUAGCUGUAUGUUUAGGGCGUUAUUACUGUAUAUGUCCUGAACCUGAGAGUUAAAGGACCACUCUAGGCACCCAGACCACUUCAGCUUAAUGAAGUGGUCUGGGUGCCAGGUCCAGCUAGGGUUAACCCAUUUUUUCAUAAACAUAGCAGUUUCAGAGAAACUGCUAUGUUUAUGAAUGGGUUAAGCCUUCCCCUAUUUCCUCUAGUGGCUGUCUCAUUGACAGCCACUAGAGGCGCUUGCGUGCUUCUCAAUGUGAUUUUCACAGUGAGAGCACGCCAGCGUCCAUAGGAAAGCAUUAUGAAUACUUUCCUAUGUGACCGGCUGAAUGAGCACGCAGCUCUUGCCGCGCGUGCGCAUUCAGCCGACGGGGAGGAGAGGAGGAGGAUCGGAGGCGGAGAGCUCCCCGCCCAGCGCUGGAAAAAGGUACGUUUUUACCCCUUUCCCCCUUCCAGAGCCGGGUAUGUUUUCCUGGCACUAUAGUGGUCCUUUAAUAUAAUUAUGUUGUGUAUUUUGUCUCAGUCUCAGUCUACUCUCAGGCCCAGUGGGGAAUGCCCCUGGAAUAUGUGUCAGGAAACCCCUUGCACAUAAAAGGCUGUGUGUGCCUCCAUUAAAACCAGUUAUACCACCAGAGCUGAGUGUCGUCAGGUUGCAGGGGAUGAGGUGGGAGAUUCCCAUUUAAUAAUUAAAUGAUCACCUUAUAGAAAUAUGGUCUCAAAGGAUAUUAGAUAUCAACAACAUACCGUACAUAGUCAUUUGUGAUACUUCACUUAUAUUAUGGGAUAUAUUAUAUGUGUGACGUUGUGCCUUCAAGAUUUGAGGCAUUGUUAAUUGUUUUUUGAGUGUAUUACGGGUUAAUCAAUCUGAGAUUCUGAUUUCAACACAUUUGGAAAUGUUAAUGAAAACACACCCAUGUUAAACGAUUGUUAAAUAUAGCACGUGUUGGGGGGCGGGGCCGGACCGCCUGGCUGAACGGAUGCAAAAUGGAGUAGCUCCUGAAAGAAUCUCCAGUUCUAGCCUUAAAAUGACGGCUUCAAGCUUACCCGACAACUGGCUACUGAACCCUGGCAUGAGAGCCCACCCUGGUCCCGAGGAGAGGCUUGCUGAGAAGUUUUAGUCCCUCGGAGGGGCGAUCCCUGUCGCACGAUGAGGACCGCUCGGGCGGUGAGCGAGGUAGACGGCCGCUGCCCAGCUAUCCUGCCCACCAGCGGGGCUAGGAGGGUCCGGUCCCAUGUCCCCCCCCCUCUGGGCCGGCGGGGGUGAUCCCGGCCCCCACCCCGUGACCCAUCGGAACACCACAAAGCCGGCAAUCGGAGCGGAGGCAGAGAAGGCCCAGCGCACCAGCCGUCCUUAAAAUGGCAGAAACCACAUGGCAGGUGACCCCAAUCACAGACAGGCGCACUCACCUCUCCUACAGCCACACAAACAGACCGCUGAGCGGGAACCAGCGGAGAGGGAAAUAAGACCUCAGGAGCCGAGUUAAUGAGGAACUGUCACGGUACAAUGGCCUCCCUGCCACACUAAUCUGCCCACCGUGAGGGGGCCGCAACAUACGGACUGACCACUCCUAGCAGAUUUAAUUCCUGUUUCCAGUCCAGAAUAAGCACCAGACCGAUCUGCCCACAAAGGGACCAUAAGCAGUACAGCAGCCACAGAGCUUCCCUUACCAAGAACAACAUCCUCGCUGCAGAAAGGCCGGUCCCCUGACGGGCGAAGACAGACCCUCGCCUGGCUGACAUGGGACUCACUUGGGGUGGAUAUUCUAUUGUCCAAGGCUGCUUUGGUGUUUACUGGAGCCACUCAAGUUCUAGUCCAAGUCUAGCAUAACUUGUAACCACUCUCUCAUAGAUCAGGCAGCCAAGAAAGAUGUAUGCUCAUUAAUCUUCACCUAACCUACGUUAACUAUGAUUUCCUUUUGUUAUUCACUGUUUAUAUCGAGCUCACUAACUCAACUAAUGUAACUAAACAAAAUGAACAUGCUAUGUAUAUGCCUCCAUAAUUUAUCCCAGCGGUUACCUAAUUAGCAAGAAGCACUAAAAAUGUGACCGUGUAUCUCUUAACACAUAUUUUGCAGACUAGCACACUAGCGCUCAGACAACUCACUCUCUACACGCAUAUCACACAACCAGCGAACAUAGCUCACGAGAGUAACAUCUGCUAUCAGCUACUGCUACACACAUCACCACGUGAAUUGCUAACCUUCACAAUGUUAAUAUGCUAUUAUUUCAUUCUCUAUCAUCACACAUUGUGCUAUACAUGUUCACCCUAAUCAAGGAGUAGAACAGACAGCAAUGUUGAUAGCUAGCAUAUACCACUAAGUGCAAUCUGCCUUGCCAUGUUAUAACCACGUACUCCACAGUGACAUGUCAUAUUUGUUCAUCCUGAUUACUUACUUAAAAAUGUGCAAUGCUUUUAAUGCCAUAAUGAUAUUUUCUUAUGUAUACAGUCCAGUUUGCUCCAGCUGUUGUGGCACAGCAAACGUGCUUGUUAUCCAUAUGCACAAACAAAAUAAAGAAUUUAAAAAAAAAUAUAGCACGUGUUUAUACCCACCUGCAUAUUGCUGUGUUGUACACGUGAAUUUAUGGUUGAGAGAAACACUACACAAGUCGAAACAUUGACUUUGGGGGAAUGGGAAGGGGAGGGGGAGGUGGGGGGUGAGCUCAAUAAACCAAAAUCCGAGUCACAAGGUUUAUUAACUAAACAGAAAGGUGGAAUUCAAAACUGACUUGUAAAAUAUAAGUGAAGAUAGCCGAUUUCAAUUCACUACAAUUCACCGUUUAGUAAAAAGUAAAGUUUCAAAACUCCUUCAUGUAACAACAGAUCAUUUAGCAGCUGAACAGGUUCAGUGGCCACAAUAGUCUAAUGGGGCUGAUAACGCUGCCUGGAUGCCGGCUACUGGAGCGCGCAGGUAGCUGGUGAUAUCAGACAAUGAACAUCGAGGACCAGGUAGAUAUGAAUAGGCAUCUUAUAUGAGUUAAUUUAGAAAAUACUGCCAUCUACUGGACAGGUUUCAUUAGAAGAUAUAGCUGUAACCCAUCAAAAACUAGUCACUGGGGAAGAGUCACUUUUUGGAAUUAGGUUUACUCUUAUGUAGAAAUCAAGAAAUAGAUUUAAAAGUAGCACAGUUUGCUCAGUGAACUGCAGUAAAGUAAAAACUGAAUGGCAAAGUUCAGGCUAAUAUAGACACUCUGUAGCUAUAGCCGGUGCAAGGAUUUUUGGCUACACAGGCUGAGAUGCACUUGGGAGAGGGGGGCAGGGGCUGCAGAAGGGGUGACAAGUGCUGUGGUGGGGACUUAAAAAAACAUUUAGAUAUCAUUUAAAAAAAAAUAAUCUAAUGUGUAUCCCCCCUCCGUGAGGCUUUUACCUUGGGCCAGGGAGAGGGAAUCCUUAUCCAUGGUGGUCUGGUGGGCCAGGGAGAGGGAAGCCUUAUCCAUGGUGGUCCGGUGGGCCACGGAGAGGGAAGUCUUAUCCAUGGUGGUCCGGUGGGCCAGGGAGAGGGAAGCCUUAUCCGGUGGGCCAGGAAGAUGGAAGCCUUAUCCAUGGUGGUCCGGUGGGCCAGGGAGAGGAAAGUCUUAUCCGGUGGGCCAGGAAGAGGGAAGCCUUAUCCAUGGUGGUCUGGUGGGCCAGGGAGAGGGAAGCCUUAUCCGGUGGGCCAGGAAGAGGGAAGCCUUAUCCAUGAUUGUCCGGUGGGCCAGGGAGAGGGAAGCAUUAUCCGGUGGGCCAGGAAGAAGGAAGCCUUAUCCAUGGUGGUUCGGUGGGCCAGGGAGAGGGAAGCCUUAUCCAUGGUGGUCCGGUGGGCCAGGGAGAGGGAAGCCUUAUCCAUGGUGGUCCGGUGGGCCAGGGAGAGGGAAGCCUUAUCCAGUGGGCUAGGAAGAGGGAAGCCUUAUCCAUGGUGGUCCGGUGGGCCAGAGAGAGGGAAGCCUUAUUCAUGGCGGUCCGGUGGGCCAGGUAGUGGGAAGACUUAUCCAUGGUGGUCCGGUGGGCCAGGGAGAGGGAAGCCUUAUCCGGUGGGCCAGGAAGAGGGAAGCCUUAUCCAUGGUGGUCAGGUGGGCCAGGGAGAGGGAAGCCUUAUCCAUGGUGGUCCGGUGGGCCAGGGAGAGGGUAGCCUUAUCCCGUGGGCCAGGAAGAGAGAAGCCUUAUCCAUGGUGGUCCGGUGGGCCAGGAAGAGGGAAGCCUUAUCCAUGGUGGUCCAGCGGGCCAGGGAGAGGGAAGCCUUAUCCAUGGAAGUCCGGUGGUCCAGGGAGAGGGAAGCCUUAUCCAUGGUGGUCCGGUGGGCCAGGAGCCUGCGGCCAGCACACAGAAUCCAGUAAUGUCAGCCAGGAAGAGGGCGUGACUUUCUUUGCUCUUAUCCCAGACUCCCCAGCGGACCUAAAGAGUCUGUGAAGAGCAGUGGGAGUCACACCCUCCUUCUGACAUCAUCAGAAGAGCCUGGCCAACUUCAAUAGCAAUCUGCUGAGUGCUGGCUGCAGGGAGAGUCAGAUGAGUUGAAAGAUUUGCGUCCCUAGCCAAAGGCAGGGGUUCUGCUUUUUGUGUCACCUGAUCUGGCGGCCGUCUGUGCCACAUUAUGGACGCGCCGGCCCUGGCUAUAGCGAUUUCUUCUGAUUCAGCUCUUUCUGACUAUAUAUCGAUUCAUCUUUCAGUUCACUAUCAUGGCUCUUUAGGGAAGAAACCCUUGGUGAUACCGCUGGUCAUUUGGUGGAAACGCUAUCUGUCAUUGCUGGCUCACUUUAACAGACAACAACUCCCAUUGAAUUAAAUACAGGAUUGAUCACAAUGUGUUUGAAUUGGGAGCUGAUAUCUUGUUACUUACCUGCAGCUCUUUCCUCCAGUGACAUGCUGUGUUCAGUGCGCCCCAUAAUUGAAGAUUAUGCUAGCGGUAGUGUACUUAUAAUCUUAAUUUUAAUAAUGACAGGAGGUGAGUAUUUUGCAUUAAACUCUCUUUACUAACUCCACUUAGCAGUAAAGAAAAGUGAAAACAUUAACCAAUCAAAAAUGCAGUAGGAGGUAUAGUAUUCACAGUGAUGAGGCUCCUCCCCCUCUUUCGAAAGCGACAUCAAAUACAAAUUUCCAAAGGGUCCAAAGUCUUGUAACAUGCACUAACGGGUGACUUUCCAAAACACGAAGUUCUAGUGGCUGAAGGACGGUCCAAACAUGUCCAUCCUGAGCGUGAGCUGUAAUGUCUCGAAGUUACGCUGAAAAAGAACGUGGAAAAGGUUAGGUACUGAUCUGACAACUGUUUGCAGUAAUGUAAUAGACCCAACACAAUUUCCACCGAAAUGUCGUAAAACUAAUAUCAGUAUUGACAAUAAACGAUAACAAUGUCAUAAAUAAACAAGGUACAAACAUGAUCUCAUACAGGGUGAGUAGGAAGAUAGUGGAAGGAAGGAAUAUCCAGAGCAUGGGUAUACUUACGUGAAUCCUUAUCCCUCGAGGGUGUGGAGGGUGGGAAAAUACUCGCCUCCUGUCAUUAUUAAAAUUAAGAUUAUAAGUACACUAACGCUAGCAUAAUCUUCAAUUUUACCACAUGACAGGAGGCUUCAUAUUUUGCUUUUAUUUUGCUGAUGAAGGAGAGACGUGGCUGCCCCCUAGUUCGGGCGGAAGUAGAAGGUCCGAAAGGUCGAUUCUCGUGACCAAUCUGCGGCCCGUAGGAUGUCUGCCAGCGACGCGCCCGCGGCGAAAGCCGAUGAAGCUGCCGCUGCGUGGACGGAGUGAGCUCCAAAGGUCUCUUCCACACCUGCCAGAGAGAGGAUCCAUCUUACCCAUCUGGCGAGGGUGGUAGUAGAGACGGGUACAUGGGGUCUAACGUAGGACACCAAGAGUUGGCCACAAGAAGAGACCCGCAGUAAGGAUGUGACCUCCACGUACCGACGCAGAGUACACACCAUGCAAACAAGCAGUUCUGUAGGGAAAAAGGGGUAGAAGACCGACAAGGAGUCGGAUUUCGUACGACGUGAAACUUGGAAGGUAACUCCCUCUGGGGAGACCGAAAAAGCGUUGAUGUCGAAUGCCCGUAUGUCCGAUACUCGGCAGAACGAGAUCAAGCAAAGCAGGAGCCUCAGUUUGGCCGAUAGCUGUCGGAGUGAGAAUCUGUUGUUUUCUGGCCAGUCCCUCAGGAACUGUAGGACGACUUCAACGUCCCAUAACCGGGAGUAUUUAGGUCUCGGAGGCCUCUGUAGUCUGAUGCCCCUUAGGAGACGGCAUACCAAUGGGUCUUUCCCGACGGGUAUCCCCUGAGCCGGCACGUGGGCCGCCGAAAUCGCGGAGCGCACGACGUUGAGGGAUCGGUAAGACCGGCCCGUGGAAAAGAGAUAGGAGAGAAAAUUCAAGAUGGUUGUUAUAGGUGUAGUAAAGGGAUCGAGGUUCCGCUCACUGCACCAAGCGGACCAGGAAUUCCAUGCUGAUAGGUAACAUCGUCUGGUUCCUGGUGCCCACGAAUCCCAUAUGAGGUCUCGAGAUGUUUGCAAUAGAUCUCUGGUUUGCCAGGCGCCCCUGAAAGAGUCCAAGCCACUAGCGUGAGGCGGUCUUCCAGGAUGAGAGGGUGAGGGUUCCCUCUUGGGUCUGUGAGUAGCGUCAGGUAGGACAGUAUGAGGAGAGGAUCCCUGUAGGAUGAUGCUAGAAGAUCCGGGAACCAUGGUUGGCCCUGCCAUAGGGGUGUGAUGAGGAGCAGAGAUCCGCGUUGAGUCUUCAAGUACUGUAUCGUCCUCGCUACCAUGGUGAAUGGGGGAAAGGCGUACACACCCAAGGGCGGCCAUGGUUGGAGAAACGCAUCUACUGCUUUGCUCUCCGGGUCUGGUAGCCAGCUGAAGUACUCGUCUGUCUGCCUGUUGUUGCGUGAUGCGAAGAGAUCCAGGUGGAGGGGACCCUUCCUGGCCGAGAGGCGGUGGAAGAUCAUUGGGUCCAGUCUCCAGUCGCUGCUGUCCCGCUAGUGGCGUGAGAACCAGUCUGCUGUCAGGUUCGUUUCUCCCAGGAGAUAUUCUGCUAUGAGGGAGAUUUUCCGGGGUAGGCAAAAUUUUCCUUCGUAAUCUCUGAGAGGAGUCUGGAUCGGGCCCUUCCCAGUUGAUUGAUGUAGCGGACCGCUGAGAUGUUGUCCAUCCGGAGGAGGAUGCAGCAAUCCGUCCGGUCCCUCGCUAGGCUGCGGAUCGCGAACGACCCCGCUAGGAGUUCUAGGCAGUUUAUGUGAAGGUUGAUUUCUUGGGAAGUCCAAGUGCCUCCUGUCGAUCUGCCCUCGCCUGUGGCGCCCCAGCCCCAGAGGCUGGCGUCCGAUUCCAGGACUAUGUCGGGCGUGUUCCCGAAGAUGGCUCGGCCAUUCCAAGCUUCCAUGCUGUCCAACCACCAUCCGAGUUCUUCCCUGACUUCCUCCGUUACCGGAAUGGUUUGGUCGUAGGAAGGGUUCUGGCGGAGAAAGGAGGCCUUCAGGCGUUGCAUCGCCCUGUAGUGGAGUGGACCUGGGAAGAUUGCCUGGAUAGAUGCGGACAGCAAGCCCACGAUCCGAGCCAGGUUGCGGAGUGGAAUGGUGCGGCAGCGGAUGACUCUGCGUAAUUCCUUUUUGAUAGCUGUGAUCUUUGAGGUCGGAAGCCGUAAGGUGCUGGUCUUGGAGUCUAUCUCGAAGCCCAGGAAUUGUACCCUCUGGGCUGGGGAUAUUUCCGACUUUUGGUAGUUCACCACGAAGCCUAGGGACGUCAGGAACUGUGUGGUAUAUCGUGUGUGUUGCGUUAGACUGUACCUGUCUGAGGAAAACAGUAGCAGGUCGUCCAGGUAGGUAAUGCACCGAAUUCCUUGAGUUUGUAGUCGUGACACUACUGGCUUCAGCAAUUUGGUGAAGCACCACGGUGCUGAGCUGAGGCCGAAGGGGAGGCAUGUGAACUACCAGGGUUGGUUUUGCCAUAGGAAUCUGAGGAAUUGGCGGCAAGAUGUAUGGACGGGAACCGACAGGUAAGCGUCCUUGAGGUCCAGCCUCGUGAACCAGUCCCCUUCUUGGAGGAGAUCUCUCAGAAGGUGAAUGCCUUCCAUCUUGAAGUGCCUGUACAUUACAAAAGCGUUGAGCCUCCUCAGGUUUAUAACCGGACGGAAUUCUCCGGAUUUCUUUUUUACUAGGAAAAUGUUGCUGAAGAAACCCUUUCUGUCGUGAGCAGGUUCUAUCGCUCCUUUCGCCUUGAGCUCCUGUAGUUCGCCGUCGAUUAGGCGCGGUCCUCCUCGGAGCACUGAAUGGGGUGCGGAGGGGCGGUCUGGUAUGGUAAUACAGUAGUUUGGUGAAGCACCACGGUGCUGAGCUGAGGCCGAAGGGGAGGCAUGUGAACUGCCAGGGUUGGUUUUGCCAUAGGAAUCUGAGGAAUUGGCAGCAAGAUGUAUGGACGGGAACCGACAGGUAAGCGUCCUUGAGGUCCAGCCUCGUGAACCAGUCCCCGUCUUGGAGGAGAUCUCUCAGAAGGUGAAUGCCUUCCAUCUUGAAGUGCCUGUACAUUACAAAAGCGUUGAGCCUCCUCAGGUUUAUAACCGGACGGAAUUCUCCGGAUUUAUUUUUUUACUAGGAAAAUGUUGCUGAAGAAACCCUUUCUGUCGUGAGCAGGUUCUAUCGCUCCUUUCGCCUUGAGCUCCUGUAGUUCGCCAUCGAUUAGGCGCGGUCCUCCUCGGAGCACUGAAUGGGGUGCGGAGGGGCGGUCUGGUACGAAAUCGAUGACGUAGCCCUGAACCGUCUGGAGGAUCCAUGCGUCCGUGGAGAUGGCUGUCCAGUUCUGAAAAGACAGAGCGAUACGACCUGCAGUAUAUGGGGUAAGUGGAACUUGAGACACUAUAUUGCUUACCUGUGGGGAAGCGUGCUCUGCCAUGGUUACGAGGUCCUCUGCCUCGGUCUGCUCCUCGGGUAUAGGAGAAGGGCUGCCUGAAGCCCACUUCCGGGUAGAAAGGUUGUGGUCUGUGUGACCGGGGGCCAGAGGGCCAAAAUCAGCUGGCUGCUCGGCCCCUGUGGCGGCCAGCCCGUCCAAAAACACCCGGACUGGGGUAGCCCCUAAAGACUCAUUUCAUGGAAGUCUGAGCCUUAUUGAGGGACGUAAAGAUGUUAACGUGUUUGUUCAAUUCUUUUAGGAAGGCUUCCCCGAACAAUUUGCCCUGUGCCAGCGGUCCUAACUCCUUGGUGCCCAAUUCCACCAGCUUUCCGUCAAUACGGAGCAAUGCUGCCUUGCGCCUCUCAGAGGAGAGGGCUACGUUGGUGUUACCAACGAAACAGAAGCACCUUUGUGCCCAUUCUCUGAUGUCAUGCGCCCACUCUUUAACCAUGCUGGUGUCAAAUUGAUCAGCCCUUGUGAAUGCAUCAUCCGCCAGAUACAAGAUGCGGGAAAGUGGGGCCAUGGAGUCCAGCAGUUUGUCCUGGACCCCGUGGAAUCCUUUUUCCACAGCCCGCCGAGGGUCGCGGCCACCUCGAGACAUAAAAGGUGGUCAUGACCUGGUCGAACUCCGGAGUUUGAGUUACAUGGUCGGGGAGCGAAGGACGUGGGCAUUCGGAGCGUAGGCGAGUGCGCACUGUUUUGUCUAGUGGUUUGCGAAGCCAGCGGUGCAUGAACCUGGAGAGGUGGUCAGGGGGGUCCAGUCCCCAGAGCGUGGGUGGCGGAUGUUACGAGGGUCGAAGAGACGUUGUCCUGUGGGGUCUAGGAUGGUAUCCCCUUCUUGAGUAGGUGCGAGGUCGUCUGGCAGCUGGAUGUCAUCCAGGAAGGUGCCUCGUAAGAAGCCAGUACGGGAGCCGGAAUCUGUGUCCCAAUCGUCAUCCUGCGAAUCAGAGUCCGUGGCUUGCCACUCGUCCAACACGGCCAUACAGCGCGUGUGUUCUUCCCCCUCAUCCGAGGAGUAGUGGGCGGGGGUAGGUGGGGCUGGUUUGUGGCGUUUAGAUGGUGCCUUACCCUUGCCCGGGGUAUCGCUAGCUUUCUCACCUUUCCAGUGACGUUUGGUAGGGCGUGAGGCCUCAUAAUCCUCGUCCUGUAGUUGGGCCUGCGUGGCUUUCUUGGUUUUGUCGGUUGAUGUUGACAUAACCCUGGAAAGCGCUUUCUCCAAAGAGGCGGAGAUGGCCUCUGCAAUCAUUGUCUGGAAGUCUGCAGGGGUUUGGGAUGCUUCCAUGGUGACUUGGGGUGCUGGCACAGGGUAGUUGGGCUAGGGGUCAGGUAGUUGUGCGGGAAGGCAAAACUGAAUGGUGGUACCAGUGGCACCUGUAGAAACCACAGCAGGGUGUGAGUAUGGGCACUCACUAAUAACACCCCAGCAGAGUGUAUGGCAAUAUAGGUACAAAUGGUACCAGAGACCCCAGCAGGGUAAAUUGGGUUUUUAGCUGGGCCUCACCCAGAAAUGUAUAUGGAAAUGAAGGUGGCACAAAAUCCACAUGGUCUGGUAAUAAAAGGGGUUCCCCUUAUCAUAUACACAUAUAUAGCUGGCACAAAAUCCACCUGAUGGCAGCAGUGAAAAGGGCCUCACCCAGUUAUAAUUAUUAGGUGGCACAAAAUCCACCUGGUGUAUAAAAGUAGUGGUCUUACCACUGAGCAGGGCCAGCAGCCUCUGUAUCCGUUUAGGGAACUAACCUGUGACCCCUGCCAGAGCCUGCCUUCCUCUAUGGUAGUGUACAGCAAGGUAAUCUGCAUGCAGUGAGAGAGCAGCUUGAAAAUCAAUAGAUUUAGCUUGAUACACCCCAGCUGGCUGGGAUGUGUAUAAAAGUCAGGAGACCGGUUUGCGGUCAGGAGCCGGCACUACACAGACCGCGGGUCUCCCAAAAUGGCGGCCGAGAAUCUCGCGAGACGCGAGAUCCAAGAUGGCCGCCAGGAAGCGGGUUUCCCGGCGAGACAGAAUGCGGCUGGGAAGCCGCAGCGGGGUAGAGUGAGCAGGGUGAGCGUUACCCUGAGGGGUAUGAUGCUGGGAGGCCAGCGGCAAGGUAGAAAUAAAGGAGGGAGUAGGCGGAAGGGUCCCUGAGUGCAGGGAAGGGGAGAAAGGGAAGAAUCCUAGAGGGGAGCUCCCAGAUGAGAAUAAAAUAGAUAUAAAAUGGAUAUAAAAGUAGGAACCCCCAGAGGACAGGAAGGAGAAACCCCCCCCCAAAGGAUAAAAGAAGGAACCAAUAUAUAUAAUAAAGUAAAGUAACAUAUAAUAGAGAAUAUACAGUAUAUAAAGGGAAGAGCCUGAAACUCUGACCUGUCUGCUGAUGGAGCAGUAAAGAAAGAGGGCGAGGAGCCUCAUCACUGUGAAUACUAUGCUGCCUAUUGCAUUUUUGAUUGGUUAAUGUUUACACUUUUCUUUACUGCUAUGUGGAGUUAGUAAAGAGAGUUUAAUGCAAAAUAUGAAGCCUCCUGUCAUGUGGUAAAAUUCCCCAGUGAAGGUGAGGAACGCAUCCUGGGUGAGUAAUAAGGAGAAGGUGGACCCCCCCAGGGGAGGGUACUCUGGCUCCCACUGUCAGUCAGAUCAUGGCAUUCUGUACCCUCUGUACCACUGGCACACACAGCUGGUCACUUAACCAUAUUCUAUGCAUGGUCAGCUAGGCAACUUACACAUUUGUUCUUUUAGGGGAGAAUUUAAUUAGGUAAUAUUUCACUUGGACUAAAAAAUCACAGCAUACAGAUACUAGCCUGACCACUAGAAAGCUAUUCCAUGUAUCUACUACCCUUUCUAUAUCACUGCUAGCCUUUACUGCUUCCACUGGGAGACUAUUCCAGGUAUCUACUACAUUUUUUAUAUCACUGUUAGCCUUUACUGCUUCCACUGGGAGACUAUUCCAGGUAUCUACUACAUUUUCUAUAUCACUGUUACAGCUCCCACUGGAAGGCUAUUCAAGGUAUCUACUACCCUUUCCAUAUCACUGUUACUGCUUCCACUGAAAGGCUAUUCCAGGUAUCUACUACAUUUUCUAUAUCACUGCUAGCCUUUACUGCUUCCACUGGGAGACUAUUCCAGGUAUCUACUACAUUUUCUAUAUCACUGUUAGCCUUUACUGCUUCCACUGGGAGACUAUUCCAGGUAUCUACUACAUUUUCUAUAUCACUGUUACAGCUCCCACUGGAAGGCUAUUCAAGGUAUCUACUACCCUUUCCAUAUCACUGUUACUGCUUCCACUGAAAGGCUAUUCCAGGUAUCUACUACACUUUCUAUAUCACUGUUAGCCUUUACUGCUCCCACUGGAAGGCUAUUCCAGGUAUCAACUACACUUUCUAUAUCACUGUUAGCCUUUACUGCUUCCACUGGGAGACUAUUCCAAGUAUCUACUACCCUUUCUGUCACUGUUAGCCUUUACUGCUCCCACUGAAAGGCUAUUCCAGGUAUCUACUACCCUUUCCAUAUCACUGUUACUACUCCCACUGGAAGACUAUUCCAGGUAUCUACUACCCUUUCUAUAUCACUGUUACUACUCCCACUGGAAGGCUUUUCCAGGUAUCUACUACCCUUUCUGUAUCACUGUUAGCCUUUACUGUUAACCACUGAAAGGCUAUAUACUACCCUUUCUAUAUCACUAUUAGCCUUUACUGCUCCCACUGGAAGGCCUUUCCAGGUAUCUACUACCCUUUCUAUAUCAUUGUUACUGCUCCCACUGGAAGGCUAUUCCAGGUAUCUACUACCUUUUCUAUAUCACUGUUACUGCUCCCACUGGAAGGCUAUUCCAGGUACCUAUUACCCUUCCUAUAUCACUGUUACUGCUCCCACUGGAAGGCUAUUAAAUGUAUCUAUUUAAUAUCUUAUUGCAGGGUUUAUUUCCUGUGAACAUUUCUUAGUAUUCCAUUCAGUACCUCAUUUAUACCACAAGAUGGAGACCUGGUACUCAUGGCACAAUAGAGUCUGACUCUGGAGUAGGAAAACCAACCUUUUAUAGGUGAAAAUCAAUUCAGGCUGAGAGGCUCACACUUGCUGUACCCAGUGGUGUAUUUAGGAUUUGUGCUGCCCUAGGCAGGACAGUGUUCGGGUACCCCCCCACCCCCACUAAUUUAAAUUUUCCCCACCCCUUCCUGUCAAGGCCGCACUUUGACUAACAGACGCUCACUCACUGACAGACACACACUCACUGACAGGCGCAUACACUUAUUGACAGACGCAUACACUCAUUGACAAACACACACCAUCAUAUACACUGACAAACAAUGACAUACGCACACAAUAUUACUUGGACACACACUGACAGACGCACGCACUCACAGACUGACACAUACACACUCACUGACCGACACACACACACAUUCACUCACAUAGAUACACAUACACAUUUAUCCCAACACUCACAAAUUCACUCACAAAUGUUAUUUUAAAUCCAUCCAGCCUCCUUAGGAAAGCUAGAGUGGAUUACUUACCUGUCCAGUGUGGCUGCUGGUCGGGCAGGCAGGGGGCGGACAGGCAGAGUAGGUGGCGAGGGAGCUUUAAUCUUCCUGCUCAGCUCCCUCGCGCGCCGCUUAGUGAUGCCGAGAGUGACAUCAUAUUCAAGCUCCCGGCUUCAUUAAGCGGCGCGGAGGGAGCUGAGCAGGAAGAGCUCAGGUGAAUAUGCUCUCUCGCUGCCCACCGCCCGCCUUGGUGGGGCUCAAAAGUGGCCAGCCGGCCAGCUCUUGAGGCCCCCCAGGACACGAGGCAAGCAAGGGAUCUGCCUGGGCGUUUGGGGGCAGCUUUUUUUGCCGCAGCACGAAUAGGAUCGGAGUUAUAUUCAUAUGAAUGAGAUUCCGAUACAAACAAAGUCCCAAAUUAUGUCCUAACAUGAAUGAACAAACUGUUCUUCAGUAGUUUCGCCAGCGUUCUGUCUAAGUGACAGGACGUUCGGGAAUACUGACAGGAAGUAUUGCAAGAUCACCGAUCAAAUGUGAGAAUUGUGGGGAAAUUGCUUUAAUCACCAGAAACUAAGCACACUUUGCUCCUCCGCUGGUCAAAGCUGGUCAAGCGUAGGAAACCUUCAUAAGACAAAGUAGUCUCUACUUUGUCUUAUGUUUUAAAGAAAAUUAGAGCAGACAGGAAGAAAUGAAGAACAGAUCCUGACAGAGGGAGAGAAGAGGAAUUGAUUGGGGAAAGGUAAGUUCGGCAUGACAGUGCCGCUUUAAUAAAAUUGCACCAUUACAACCAGGUUCAUCCUUGUCACACAUUAUUAACAGAUUCUACACUACCUGUCGGCUUUCCUGUAUGGGAGUGUUCCCUUCAUUUAAAUAAAGAGACAGAAUUACUAUUAUUGAAUAAGGAACCACAGGAAUAAUUCAGAUAUACUUACAUUUCAAAAUCACGCACAUAUACCUAAAAUGAAUACAAUAUUGUGACAAAUGUAAAAAUUACAGUGUCACCUAAUUACUAAAACUCGUCAAAGAGAUCACUAAAACAUUGUGAGCACGGACCAGAGUUUUCUCCACCCACAGCGUUUAGAGUGAUCUGAACGAUAAACAGUAUCACAAGUUUUUGUAAGAUUUUGUAAUUCUUCCAGUAUAUUCUAUGUACACAAGCGAAUACUGUCCGCCAAAAAGAGUUAUUCUAUAAUUCUGCCUAAUGACAAGUAAUAGAUGCCGGCACACAACAACAUUCAGAAAAUUAACCCAAAGCACACAAGAGUAAACUGCACAUAAAAAAAGGUUUACUCAUAUAGUAAAAUAAUAAAAGUCAUACAAACAAAGUGCAAUGAACAGUACAGGCAUGUAAACAAUUGAUACCAUACCCAUAACCACAUCAGAUAUAAUAGUAAGGAAGGAUUUCCUGAAUAUUAUCAAGGGUAUAUAAAUAGGAACCAAAACCAGUCUGUUAGAGAUCCCCCUGAGGAAGGCUAGACGCUGAAACGUUGGGCUUUAUUAUAUGAUAUGAUGCUCUAAGUCAGUAUGCCUGUGAUCAGGGCCGGUGCAAGGAUUUCUACCGCCCUAGGCAAAGUUAAAUUUUGUCGCCCCUUCAUGUCACUCACUCACUGACAGACACACACUGGCAGACACACACACUCACUGACAGACACACACUCACUGACAGACAUACACUAAAUCACCGACACACACACAGAAACUCACUGACAGACAUACACCCACUCACUGACAGACAUACACUCACUGACAGACAUACAGACAAACACUCAUUGACACAUACACUCACUGACAUACAUACACUCACUCACUGACACACACACACAGACAUUCACAGACAAACACACAGACACACUCACUGACAGACAUACACUCACUGACAGACAUACACUCACUCACUGACACACACACACAGACAUUCACAGACAGACACACUCACUGACAGACAUACACUCACUGACAGACAUACAUGCACUUGGUGACACACACACACAGACACUCACUGACAGACAUACAGACACACACUCAUUGACACAUACACUCACUGACAGAUACACUCACUGACAGACAUACACUCACUGACACACACACAGACAGACACACAGACACACUCACUGACAGACAUACACUCACUGACAGACAUACAUGCACUUACUGACAAACACACACACAGACACUCACUGGCGCCUGGAUCGACCUGGCGCUGCGGCCCAGGACAGGGGGAACCCACUAGGAAAUAUCCUGGUGGGCGCCCCCAGCAAGCUGGCGCCCUAGGCGAAUGCCUAUUUCGCCUAACGGUUACGCCGGCCCUGCCUGUGAUACUAUGGGUUUAUAGGUUUCAAUUUUGAGCACUGACUAUUUUAUCUGAUGGGGUUAUGGGUACGUUAUAAAUUGUUUACAUACCUCUACUAUUCAUUGUUUUGUUGUUUCUUUUAUUAAUUCACUACAGGGAGUGCAGAAUUAUUAGGCAAAUGAGUAUUUUGACCACAUCAUCCUCUUUAUGCAUGUUGUCUUACUCCAAGCUGUAUAGGCUCGAAAGCCUACUACCAAUUAAGCAUAUUAGGUGAUGUGCAUCUCUGUAAUGAGAAGGGGUGUGGUCUAAUGACAUCAACACCCUAUAUCAGGUGUGCAUAAUUAUUAGGCAACUUCCUUUCCUUUGGCAAAAUGGGUCAAAAGAAGGACUUGACAGGCUCAGAAAAGUCAAAAAUAGUGAGAUAUCUUGCAGAGGGAUGCAGCACUCUUAAAAUUGCAAAGCUUCUGAAGCGUGAUCAUCGAACAAUCAAGCGUUUCAUUCAAAAUAGUCAACAGGGUCACAAGAAGCGUGUGGAAAAACCAAGGCGCAAAAUAACUGCCCAUGAACUGAGAAAAGUCAAGCGUGCAGCUGCCACGAUGCCACUUGCCACCAGUUUGGCCAUAUUUCAGAGUUGCAACAUCACUGGAGUACCCAAAAGCACAAGGUGUGCAAUACUCAGAGACAUGGCCAAGGUAAGAAAGGCUGAAAGACGACCACCACUGAACAAGACACACAAGCUGAAACGUCAAGACUGGGCCAAGAAAUAUCUCAAGACUGAUUUUUCUAAGGUUUUAUGGACUGAUGAAAUGAGAGUGAGUCUUGAUGGGCCAGAUGGAUGGGCCCGUGGCUGGAUUGGUAAAGGGCAGAGAGCUCCAGUCCGACUCAGACGCCAGCAAGGUGGAGGUGGAGUACUGGUUUGGGCUGGUAUCAUCAAAGAUGAGCUUGUGGGGCCUUUUCGGGUUGAGGAUGGAGUCAAGCUCAACUCCCAGUCCUACUGCCAGUUCCUGGAAGACACCUUCUUCAAGCAGUGGUACAGGAAGAAGUCUGCAUCCUUCAAGAAAAACAUGAUUUUCAUGCAGGACAAUGCUCCAUCACACGCGUCCAAGUACUCCACAGCGUGGCUGGCAAGAAAGGGUAUAAAAGAAGAAAAUCUAAUGACAUGGCCUCCUUGUUCACCUGAUCUGAACCCCAUUGAGAACCUGUGGUCCAUCAUCAAAUGUGAGAUUUACAAGGAGGGAAAACAGUACACCUCUCUGAACAGUGUCUGGGAGGCUGUGGUUGCUGCUGCACGCAAUGUUGAUGGUGAACAGAUCAAAACACUGACAGAAUCCAUGGAUGGCAGGCUUUUGAGUGUCCUUGCAAAGAAAGGUGGCUAUAUUGGUCACUGAUUUGUUUUUGUUUUGUUUUUGAAUGUCAGAAAUGUAUAUUUGUGAAUGUUGAGAUGUUAUAUUGGUUUCACUGGUAAUAAUAAAUAAUUGAAAUGGGUAUAUAUUUGUUUUUUGUUAAGUUGCCUAAUAAUUAUGCACAGUAAUAGUCACCUGCACACACAGAUAUCCCCCUAACAUAGCUAAAACUAAAAACAAACUAAAAACUACUUCCAAAAAUAUUCAGCUUUGAUAUUAAUGAGUUUUUUGGGUUCAUUGAGAACAUGGUUGUUGUUCAAUAAUAAAAUUAAUCCUCAAAAAUACAACUUGCCUAAUAAUUCUGCACUCCCUGUAUAUGAAUAAAAAUCUUUUUAUGUGCAAUUUAUACAGGUGUGCUCUGGAUUUAUUUUCUACUAUGUCUAUGGAUCUGGCGAGGGAACAGGUUUUCCCACAAAACAUCAAGAACCUUUCAACCGCACUAUUUUGACUUGGGGUGCCUUGGAAAAAUAUUUAAAUAUUAAGGGCGCCUUGAACCUAAAAAGUUUGGGAACCACUGGUCUAUAAAUUAAAACGUCACCUUUCUAAUUUAAUUAAAAAUUCAAAAGAUAUGAAAUAACCUAAUACCAAUAAGAAAAAACACUCACUAACACAUGUCUAAGUAUUCUAUUAAAGGGACACUAUAGACACCUGAACCACUUUAGCUUAAUGAAGCAGUUUUGGUGUAUAGAACAUGCCCCUGCAGCCUCACUGCUCAAUCCUCUGCCAUUUAGGAGUUAAAUCCCUUUGUUUAUGAACCCUAGUCACACCUCCCUGCAUGUGACUUGCACAGCCUUCCAUAAACACUUCCUGUAAAAAGAGCCCUAUUUAGGCUUUCUUUAUUGCAAGUUCUGUUUCAUUAAGAUUUUCUUAUACCCUGCUAUGUGAAUAGCUUGCUAGACCCUGCAAGAGCCUCCUGUAUGUGAUUAAAGUUCAAUUUAGAGAUUGAGAUACAAUUAUUUAAGGUAAAUUAAAUCUGUUUCAAAGUGAAACCAGUUUUGUUUUUUUCAUGCAGGCUCUGUCAAUCAUAGCCAGGGGAGGUGUGGCUAGGGCUGCAUAAACAGAACAAAGUGAUUUAACUCCUACAUGACAGUGAAUUGAGCAGUGAAAUUGCAGGGGAAUGAUCUAUACACUAAAACUGCUUUAUUUAGCUAAAGUAAUUUAGGUGACUAUAGUGUUCCUUUAAUGUUUUUUCUUAUUGGUAUUAGGUUACUUCAUAUCUAUUGAAUUUUUAAGGUGAAGUUUUAACGUAUUAACAUUUCCAUAGCCUCUACAUUACACUCCUACACUUUCUGUGCUUUGCUUAGUUAAAAUGAGGGUUAACCCCUUGUGGAGUGUUUACAAAUCAAGCUAUUUUCUAUUUAUCUUAUGUAAAGAUUUGUACUGUGCAAUUUACUCCCUAAAAUAAGUGAGAAGUGAAAAAUGGAAAUCUAGAUUUUAGGCGAUAACGAACAGAAAUGGAACAAUUAUCCAUCGAAGAGCUGGACCGAGUGCCUCUAUUUGGGUUUUAAAAAAGAAAUGUAUCUAUGGGGAUAUCUGACAAUGGGAGACCGUUUUCAAUAAAUUCCUAAACUAAAUGACAUAUCUCCAUUUUCAGUUUAUCUAUUUAUUUUCAUUUAUAACACAGUACUACAGUGUCUGAUGGCUGGCAAAGGGAAAUCCUAUAUUUCCUAAUAUAUGCAAAUCUAACCUUAUUUACUGUAUAAUUAGAUCGCCACCCAAUGUUAUGGUAAAUGUCUAAUUUCCGAAAAUCACUUUCUUAAGGGAAUAUCUACUUCGGAAAUCAGGCAGGUCAACACCUACAGACAGGUAGAAGCAGUUCUCAGAAAACUUUUAUUGUUUUUUUUUAAAGGGUGUUACUUCCUCCACCCCACACACCGUCAGGCGGUUCCCAAAGAGGAAGCAUACCUCCACACGCACUGUGUAUAAAAAUCCAAAUCUCUAAAUAGGGAGCACAAGACUGGAACAAGACACAGAUCUCUUAAUGCAGACAAAGGUGAGUCCGAAUCGCAUCCAUUAUUUAUUCCAUUAUUCUACCAUUACACUAAUCUGUUACUGAUAGUCGUCAGUGGAAAACUGGAUUGAAGAUGGAGCAAAGUACGAAAUUAGGAGAAAUGAGCUGACACGUUCAAUUGGCUGCCAUGGUCAUUUCUACAGCUGAGAAUUGCACAAGGUUUGACAUUAUAAAUAUAUGAUAAAAAUAUAAACAAACAUGUCUUCUAGUGGGUCAAAGAAUCAGCAUGUUUCAAAGAACAUAUUAAUCAAUUUAAAAUGGAAAUCAUUGCUUUGUAAAUCUGCAAAAAUGAAAGCAAAUCGAAGGCAAAUAUACUGAACAUGGAGCGAUCCAACGUUUGUGGGGUCUCUAUGGUGUCAGCUGAUUGCAUACACUUUGCACUUUACUCUGUCAUUGCUCCGUUUAUUACUGCUAAGUAUGUUCCUAUAUGGGGGAUGUAGCACACUAACAAAAAUGUUCAUUCACAAAAAUUGUGGAACGAAAAAAUGACUGGCUGAAAAAAUGCCUAUUCUGACAUUUGGCAUACAAUUUGUAAUCCCUUGUCAGUACUCCACAAUUUCCUACAGAGAGAUGGAAAAAGGAAAAGAAAUGAACUGGAUGCAUUUAAAUAGCAACUUUCCGUUUCAUCCAAAAUGUUUCUCACUUUUACCUCUAUCUAUUCAAACCCUUACAAUUCUGCAGAAAGAAAAAAACUUUUGGCGUAGUUGGGACCUCAGCAAGUCAUUGUACAUCUUUUCUACAUGUCAGUGUUUUUUAUAUUAGAGCCUGGCGUUACACUAUACAGAGUCUGUUAUUUAAUAUUAGAGCCUGGCGUUACACUAUACAGAGUCUGUUAUUUUAUAUUAGAGCCUGGCGUUACACUAUACAGAGUCUGUUUUUUAAUAUUAGAGCCUGGCGUUACACUAUACAGAGUCUGUUUUUUAAUAUUAGAGCCUGGCGUUACACUAUACAGAGUCUGUUAUUUUAUAUUAGAGCCUGGCGUUACACUAUACAGAGUCUGUUAUUUAAUAUUAGAGCCUGGCGUUACACUAUACAGAGUCUGUUAUUUAAUAUUAGAGCCUGGCGUUACACUAUACAGAGUCUGUUAUUUUAUAUUAGAGCCUGGCGUUACACUAUACAGAGUCUGUUAUUUUAUAUUAGAGCCUGGCGUUACACUAUACAUAGUCUGUUAUUUUAUAUUAGAGCCUGGCGUUACACUAUACAGAGUCUGUUUUUUAAUAUUAGAGCCUGGCGUUACACUAUACAGAGUCUGUUAUUUAAUAUUAGAGCCUGGCGUUACACUAUACAGAGUCUGUUAUUUAAUAUUAGAGCCUGGCGUUACACUAUACAGAGUCUGUUAUUUUAAUAUUAGAGCCUGGCGUUACACUAUACAGAGUCUGUUAUUUUAUAUUAGAGCCUGGUGUUACACUAUACAGAGUCUGUUAUUUAAUAUUACAGCCUGGCGUUACACUACACAGAGUCUGUUAUUUAAUAUUAGAGCCUGGCGUUACACUAUACAGAGUCUGUUAUUUUAUAUUAGAGCCUGGCGUUACACUAUACAGAGUCUGUUAUUUUAUAUUAGAGCCUGGCGUUACACUAUACAGAGUCUGUUUUUUAAUAUUAGAGCCUGGCGUUACACUAUACAGAGUCUGUUAUUUAAUAUUAGAGCCUGGCGUUACACUAUACAGAGUCUGUUAUUUAAUAUUAGAGCCUGGCGUUACACUAUACAGAGUCUGUUUUUUAAUAUUAGAGCCUGGCGUUACACUAUACAGAGUCUGUUAUUUUAUAUUAGAGCCUGGCAUUACACUAUACAGAGUCUGUUAUUUUAUAUUAGAGCCUGGCGUUACACUAUACAGAGUCUGUUUUUUAAUAUUAGAGCCUGGCGUUACACUAUACAGAGUCUGUUAUUUAAUAUUAGAGCCUGGUGUUACACUAUACAGAGUCUGUUAUUUUAUAUUAGAGCCUGGCGUUACACUAUACAGAGUCUGUUAUUUUAUAUUAGAGCCUGGCGUUACACUAUACAGAGUCUGUUAUUUAAUAUUAGAGCCUGGCGUUAUACUAUACAGAGUCUGUUAUUUAAUAUUAGAGCCUGGUGUUACACUAUACAGAGAUUGAUCGCCAGGGUCAUUCUAUUGAUUUCCAAUAAUCAAUCACAUUUCGAUAUUUCUCCCACACAGCCUGAGCACAGCAGCUUACAGGAUAAAGACGUUUAUUUCCAGUAAAAAUCAGAUGAGAUUGGCGUGUGUUAAAUACAUCCCAUAAAUCGCAGCUCAGGGGAUCAUCAGAGAAAUUAAAUCCUGCAAAAGCAGUUAAUUACUCUGACAUACAUUUAACACACGGUAUUAUCUGUGACUUAGAAGGUUAUUUACUAAAAGCAGAAUUGUUGGAAAUUCUAAGUAAAUUUUAAAUUUAAGUCUAAAAUAGCACAACUAGAGCUGAGGAUUUUCUUUCAGUUUGGGUAUUUUGGCCUCAAAUUUGAAAUUUUCUUUGUAUUCCUAAGAAUUCUCCUAUUAGUAAAUAACCCAGUUAGUGUCAGAGGCAUCACAUUUCAAAAUAAAUAACAACAUUUCAGUAGAAGUGACAAUAUAAAAUAAUGAAUCUUUAACAUAGUAAUCGUAUGAAAUAAUUAUCCGUUAACGUAAUGAUAAUGGCUUAAAACAGGUAACCACAUGCUGCUAGCCAGGCCGUAAACAUUACUUAUCACUGCAAGCCGCCGUGUACAAAAAUCAGGGGUGAAUUUCUACUGGCCGCGGCUGUAUUUUCACUUGCCAAUGGCUAGUGCUGAGACUGAGUACAUUCUAAAUUGUAAAUCACAACUGUUUCUUGUCCCCCCAUGCUUGCCACUCCUAGCAGUAAAUACCUUGAUAUAAUUGUUUAUCUCUACUCCCUCCCUAUGCCCAUUUCCCAUACCAUCCCUACUGCAAGCCUCUACAAUUCUACUCGGCUCAACCCGCCCUCCCAGGUUCCCCCUAAAUUUAUAGCAUGCUCCUCUAGCUGUUUAAAAUUAUCACUCACUUACCUCUUCAUUCCCUUUAUAUUCUACCAAUAUCUGCAACUCUCUGUUUCCUUAUUUAGCCACCACUUCCAAAUUUUCCCUGCUACCUCUUGUCUCAAAUCCCCACGGUAUCCCAGUAUCCUUUAGAUUGUAAGCUCACGGGCUAUCUACCUAUGCACUUUGUAUAAAAGAGCUUAAAUGGCUAGAUCUCAUUUUACGGGCAGGGCCCUCUCUACCUUUUGUAUUUGUGUGUGUAUAUUGUAUGUUCUCCACUUAUUGUACAGCGCUGCGGAAUCUGUUGGCACUUUAUAAAUACCAGUAAUAAAUAAAAUAAAUAAAGCUCCUUUAAUAAGGGCUCUGAUUCCAUUGGAAUUGCAGGUGACUAUUGGGCUAGAAAAGCCUGCGCUGCCAGUAUUGGGCUGAGAUGCCUGGGUAUGCCUGAGUGUGCCAGGGUGUGCCAGUACCAUCCUCUGAGAGAGAAAGAGAGAGAGAGAUGGAUGUAUGUAUGGAUGGAUGGAUAGAUAGAUAAUGUAGCGAUAGAUAGAUAUAUAGAGAGAGAUAGAUAGAGAUAGAUAACGUAUCGAUAGAUAGAUACUGUAUACAUAUAGAGAGACAGAUAGAUAGCGAGAAAGACAGAUAGAGAGAAAGAGAGAGAAAGAUAGAGAGAGAUGGAUGGAUGGAUGGAUAGAUAGAUAGAUAUAGAGAGAGAUAUAGAUGGAUGGAUGGAUAGAUAGAGAUAGAUAGAUAACGUAUCGAUAGAUAGAUACUGCAUAUAUAGAGAGAGAUAGAUAGAUAGCGAGAAAGACAGAUAGAGAGAAAGAGAGAGAAAGAUAGAGAGAGAAAGAUGGAUGGAUGGAUAGAUAGAUAGAUAUAGAGAGAGAUAUAGAUGGAUGGAUGGAUAGAUAGAGAUAGAUAGAUACUGUAUAUAUAGAGAGAGACAGAUAGAUAGAUAGCGAGAAAGACAGAUGGAGAGAAAGAAAGAGAAAGAUAGAGAGAUAUGGAUGGAUGGAUAGAUAGAUAUAUAUAGAGAUAUAGAUGGAUGGAUGGAUAGAUAGAGAUAGAUAGAUAACGUAUCGAUAGAUAGAUAGAUACUGCAUAUAUAUAUAGAGAGAGAGAUAGAUAGAUAGCGAGAAAGGUAGAUAGAGAGAAAGAGAGAGAUAGAUAGAUAGAUAGAGAGAGAGAGAGAUAUGGAUGGAUAGAUAGAGAUAGACAGAUAUAGAGAAAGAUAUAGAUGGAUGGAUGGAUAGAUAGAUAGAUAGAAAACGUAUCGAUAGAUAGAUAGAUACUUUAUAUAUAGAGAGAGACAGACAGACAAAUACUGUAUAGCAAUAGACUGACAGAUUUUUAAGGUACUUUAUUUGGAUAAUGUUUAGUCCUUCUUUGGCCUUUGUUUUACCUCCAGGUCGCUGACAUCGUCCCCAAAAUGAAUGACAAACGGAAAACAUGUAUAUGGUCUCUGGUCGUCCUUACACUCUUGGCGAUUAUUGUAGUUGGCGCAACUUUAGUUGGUGUUUACAUGACUCAGAAACACACAGAAGCCGUGAGUUUUCCGAAUUAAUAACUGUAUCUUUAAUAUGCUUUUCUAGAAAGGAAUAAAUAAAUACUAGCAGCGAGGGACUCUUUAACAAAGAGAGAUGUUACGAUAUAGGCCUCCAUUUAAUAUUUUUGGAUAAACGUGUAAAAUUAUAAAAAAUACAUCAAUAUUGUAAAAAAAUAUAAUAAAUAUUAGACAGUGGCCAUGAUUGGAUAUGAUUUUAGGUGAAAUGAAAGGAAAACAAGAUUUUGCUGGUAUUGUUUCAUAGCUCGUUAACGUGAUGAAUAAAUUAGUGUAAUUUACAAGGUGUGAUUUAUAGUAUGUAGUAAGAGAGGAUUCAAUGCACGCAAUGAAUAGAGUUAGAACUAAAUGUCUGUUAAUAACAUUUCCUGGGAGCUUUCUAUAUAAUGAGAUACCGGAGCGGAAACUCACCGGUUACUGAGCGGAGACUCAUUGGUUACUGAACGCAAAUCACCACUAACAGAGACUCACCGGUUACUGAGCGGAGACUCAUUGGUUACUGAACGCAAAUCACCACUAACAGAGACUCACCGGUUACUGAGCGGAGACUCACCGGUUACUAAGCGCAACUCAUCGUUUACUCAGCGGGAUUUUAAAGGAGGUUAUUACCCAGACAUCAAUAAACUCACACUGUGCACAGUACUAAACUUGUGCAGCCACUUACUUGUACAGGUCCCAAUGCGAAGACCAGACUUGUAACACUAACUGGUCACUGCACUAAAAUACUGAAAUUCCACCCCAAAAAAGCUUAUUCACUAAACUGAGAAUUUUAGAGAAAUGCAAAUAGAAUUGGAAUUUUAACACCAAAUUCUUCUAGCUGGAUUUAAUGAAUGACUUCUCUUCUCUGGAAAGUUUGGUCUGGGGGAGUUUGUCCGGUGCAGCCAGUAUGGCCAGCACAUUGUUCUUGCCAGUCUUGUUAUUGGCCUUCACUGUAAUAUCAGAGUUUGUCCAGUGACUGCCUAUUGACGAUGCUAAGGCCCACUCGCUCUGUGCUCCGCAGGUGGUAGAGAUGGCUUUUAACGCCAAGAGUGGAGAAAGAGUGCAUCAGAGAGUGAUGGUCAACGAUCUGGAGAAGAUUGCAGCCUUUUACGUGACGUCCAACAACAUUUCAUCAACUAUUCUAUAUGACUAUAACCAUGUAAGUACCGGGUAUGUUGCUGUGGGGCCCUGUGUCAGUCUGUCUAGUGAGGACCCGUGCCAGUCUGUCUAAUGAGGUCCCCAUGUUAGUCUGUCCAGUGAGGGCCCUUAUGUCAGCCAGUCUAGUGAGGGCCCCAUGUCAGUCAGUCUAGUGAGGGCCCCGUGUCAGUCUGUCUAGUGAGGUCCCCGUGCCAGUCUGUCUAGUGAGGCCCCAGUGUCAGCCAUACUAGUGAGGGCCUUGUGUCAGUCUGUCUAGUGAGGGCCCUGUGUCAGUCUGUCUAGUGAGGGUCCAGAACCAGUGUCAGUCUGUCUAAUGAGGGCCUAGUGUCAGUAUGUCUAGUGAGGACCCUGUGUCAGUCUGUCUAGUGAGGGUCCCGUGACAGUCUGUCUAAUGAGGGCCCGUGCCAGUCUGUCUAAUAAGGGCCCUGUGAGGGUCCCGUGUCAGUCUGUCUAGUGAGGGCCCAUGUCAGUCUGUCUAGUGAGGGCCCGUGCCAGUCUGUCUAGUGAGGACCCGUGCCAGUCUGUCUAAUGAGGGCCUUGUGUCAGUCUGUCUAAUGAGGGCCCUGUAUCAGUCUGUCUAGUGAGGGCCCUGUGCCAGUCUGUCUAGUGAGGACCCAUGCCAGUCUGUCUAAUGAGGGCCACGUGUCAGCCAGUCUAGUAAGGACCCAUGCCAGUCUGUCUAAGGAGGCCCCCGUGUCAGUCUGUCUAAUGAGGGCCCUGUGUCAGUCUGUCUAAUGAGGGCCCCGUGUCAGUCUGUCCAGUGAGGUCCUGUGUCAAUCUGUCUAGUGAGGGCCCUGUGUCAGCCAGUCUAGUGAGGACCCCUGCCAGUCUGUCUAAUGAGGGCCCUGUUUCAGUCUGUCUAGUGAGGACCCGUGUCAUUCUGUCUAGUGAGGGCCCUGACAGUUUGACCUAUUUAUUUAGGAGAUAAAUUCUAGAUAAACCCUUUACCUUGGGUUACCAGAUCCACCAUGUUUUCAGGGACAAAUAUAAUUUUGCCAAAUUUAUGAAAAUGCGUGAAAAGGGUUGCACUGACUGCACCAUGUAAACGCAUAUUCUAGAUGAUUCCUAAUUGCCUAAUAGCCUAAUCUUAUACACCUUCUUCUGAAAUCUACAUACUACAGGGCAAACCUUUUCAUGUGCUGCACAUCAAUCUAUGUGCAAAGACAUGGCAGAUCUGUUAACCCUACCUUAACCCAAUGUUGCAGCUCCUCACUUUGGGGCGCAGUCAGUUAUACUCACAGUCUCAGCUUACUGUCCCCAGGGGUCCAGUUAUACCCACAGUCUCAACAUAGUGUCCCCCAGUGCUCCAUAGUGUUGUGGUCCCUGAUUCCUGAAGUGCUCCCUAGUGUUAAGGCCCCUGAUUCCUGGGGUGCUCUCUAGCGUUGUGGUCCCUGAUUCCUGGGGUGCUCCCUGGUGUUGUGGUCCCUGAUUCCUGGGGUGCUGCCUAGUGUUGUGGUCCCUGCUUCCUGGGGUGCCCCCUAGUGUUAAGGCCCCUGAUUCCUGGGGUGUUCCCUAGUGUUGUGGUCCCUGAUUCCUGGAGUGCUCCCUAGUGUUGUGGUCCCUCAUUCCUGGGGUGCUCCCUAGUGUUAAGGCCCCUGAUUCUUGGGGUGCCCCCUGGUGUUGUGGCCCCUGAUUCCCGGGGGCUCCCUAGUCUUGUGGCCCCUGCUUCCUGGGGUGUUCCCUAGUGUUAAGGCCCCUGAUUCACAGGAUGCUCCCUAGUCUUGUGGCCAUUGAUUCCUGGGGUGCUCCCUAGUGUUAAGGCCCCUGAUUCCUGGGGUGUUCCCUAGGGAUCAAGUAUGGACACUCAGGGGAUAUUAAUUUGGGAUGUUAUCUGUAUCUUUCCAUUCCAGGAAAUUAUCGGCUUACGGCGCAUUAAAGGGGCAAAAUGUUUUAUUAUAAACAUGGAUCGUGUUAACGUACCAACAAUGGAGGACAUUCUGCGGGGAAUUAAACGAUUCCAGCGGCAGGUAAGAUUCUGUGUGAAAUAGUCACAGUUUAACGAAUACCUCAUUCCAGGUGACCUAUGGCGCUUCUUCCAAAACAUGCAACAAGUGGAGAGGGGACCACAGUCACUGAAUGGGCCGAGUGUCUCUUUAAUGGAUGUAAAUUAAUACAUUGGGAAUAUUAAGAUAUAUAUCAACUAAGAUAAUUAAUGAUAAUGAGUUGUUUUCCUGAUAAUGAUCUUCAGGUAAUAACUAGCGAAAAAUAUCCGGUUAUGACGUUACCCAAUAAAUCAGGAAUAAUUGUCUUGAUUGUGUAAAUAAAAAAAUAAGACAAAGCAUUAAAUCAUAAUCUGCAAAAUAUGUUGAUACCUUUAUAAAUAAAUAUUAAAUAGACUAUGGAUAGUUCAUAUUUAUAAUGUUUUCAUAUUUAUCAGUAACACUGUCCUGGAAUAUGUGAAAGACCUGUUGUAAGAUUGCUACCGUGCAGAUAUUUAAAGAAGGUAUCUGGUGGCUAGUGUUUGGCCCUAAAGGAUUACUGGUUACUGACAUGUUAAGGUUACAAUAUGACAUCACACCUUAACCCAUGAUGUCUUUCUUCUGAGGAUUACCUGUCCCACUUGGGAAGGGCUGUGACAGAGCUCCCUGUACCCCGGCCGGGUACCUCCGCCAAGGGUCCCCUUCCUAGCUGCGGCUGGAUACGGGAACUAGCUCUGCCCACUCCCAGGUACUGGACGGCACACAGUCCUGGGAAGUCCAGAAGUCCUUACAAGGACUUUCCCCGCUGCAUCUUCCACCAGCUGCAACAAGCUGGCACAGGGAUUAACCCUUUUCUUUCCCUCCCCCCCCCAGUAACUGGAUAAGACCGAGUUCUGGAGGUACAACACUGACAAUGCUUUAUUAAUACACACAGCUUUUAUGCACAGACCUCGGCAGGGGGUCUCCAUCCUGUUCCAUACAAUCCCAGGCUGGAGGCUGAUGGUUUACAGAUAACCAUCUUCCACUCUGGGAGAUACCAGCUGCACAACAAUUACAAACAGUAAAACACAUUACAUACACUUAGAGGCUCCGCGCCCCAGAAAGGGAAUAGGGUACACACAUGAAACAUAUAUCCAUGGAUAGCCCCGGGUCCCAGCUAGGACCCCUGCAAAUAGCGGGGUUAUCGGAUGUACAGAGCCCGAGAAACCAUCAUACGAAGUCUGGGCUCUGUACAUCCCCGAAAAUAGAUCCAAAGUGUUGCUUGGUUUAGUUUAAUUCAAACUUCGCGUCUAAACCAAUCAGCUGAAAGGUGCGAAACCAAUUCGCCACCCUAUCAGGAGAAAGGCCGCGAAACCCAUGUGCACCAAUCGGCGCUCGGGGAGGAGAGGGGUCUUGCUGCCUAAUCGGGAAAAAGGGCGCAAAACCCUGUUUAAAUGGGCGCUCCUUAUCUGAUUGGUCGCCUGCUCCCUGCAGCGACCAAUCAGCGCUCACUCGUGCCAGCGCAUCAGAAGAAUGGCGUACACCCAGUUUGAAUGGGAGCUCCCUCUCCUGAUUGGUCUGCACAGACAUCCAUGAGGCCAGCGGGACUCUGCGGCUGUGAUGAUGACUCACAGCUCCAGGGUCUCCACUGGGGAUCGCACAUCUCUCCUGUGGCUGCCUCAACUUAGGCAGCACUGGGGAGAGCGCUCCUUGGGCAGCUACGAGCCUGGCCUCGUAGCUUUCGGGAGUGUAAGGCAGUGGAUAUAGCUCCAUUGGGAGCAGGUAGGGCAAUCCCCGACACGGACCUGAAACAGUGUGAGCAGGCCAGUUCGGGAUACGAAUGCUUCCCCUAGUUGGUGUUCGGCUAUGUGAACCGGCGGCCACCCAGGGGAGCAUUCGUUAAUGAUUUCCCUUGUAUUUUCAGAAUGUUCUAAUGAGCGUUUUAAAUGGGAAAUCAUGGUGGUCCCCGUUCGGGAGACGAACAGGUUCUGUUCGUAUGAGCUCUCCCGAACGGGGAACAGGCAAGAUACAUGGGGAAACACAGAAUACAAGGGGAAAAACACGAAUAAGCAGUAGGCAUGGUACUUAGUGAUGGUGGUCCAUCACAAGGGCACUUACUAAACUGUCCGUUGUGAUGAAUUGGCAGCUGAACUGCUUAAUUAAGGAUAAAAUGGGAGACGCCUGAGCUAUGAUUGCUAUUGUUAUUGUCAGCUAUUUUCCCUGUAUUUUGCAUUUCUCUGCAAUUCGCUAUUUAGUGAUUAAACCUUUAUUACUCAUGGUGACUGAUUAUCGGGAAUGUUUUUAUAUCACAUUGACAGUAAAACGCUCAGCAUAAGGGCAGGUUAUAACCCCCCUCCCUCCAUUUUGUGAUAUUCUGCAUUCAUUCAUUAUUAUUAUCAUUAUCAUCAUUAUUUUUAUAUACAUUUGUUGCCACAGAACAGCACAGCGGACACCGAUCUGACCUAUAGCAUCACAGAGGGCGAGGAGGCCCAGCGCACUGAGCUUGGGACGGCCAUAAACCUCCUCUGUAGUGACGUCCCAAUUUACUGGGCCACCCCGGUAAGUGGAUCAUAUUUUUAUUUUUUUAUUUGCAUGGUAACAAUAAAUAUGUGACAUCCAACAAUAUUUCUCCUGCGUGGCUGAGACACAAGGAAACAGGCCAAACGUGGGGAUUUAUUUCAGUGAGCAUUAACUGCAUCGACUUCAACUAAGAUUAUUUAUCAACUUACCUAUGAAGUACUGGUACAGUGUUAGGUAGGUGCUCUUUGCCCAUGAAGUACCAUACAGUGUUAGGUAGGGGCCAUUUGCCUAUGAAAUACUGGUACAGUGUAAGGUAGGUGCCUUUUGACCAUGAAGUGCCAGUACAGUGUUAGGUAGGUACCCUUUGUCCAUGAAGUACCGGUACAGUGUUAGGUAGGUGCUCUUUGCCCAUGAAGUACCAUACAGUGUUAGGUAGGUACCCUUUGCCGAUGAAAUACCAUACAGUGUUAGGUAUGUGUCCUUACAGAUUGUAUUCCCAACGAGACCCAGCUUGUAGAGUGAUGGUUAUGCUUUCACAUGUUCUGCACUGUGUACACUAAUUACAAGGUGUGGUACGUGACACCCUUGGAGACGAUAAUAAUUAAUUUCUUGUAUUCUUCCUUUUACAGAGCCAGUCGAGCCAUCUUCGCUGGAUACUAACAAUUAAUUUCAAUAUCUUUGGCUUUGAAGUGUCUGUGAAAUUUGAAUCUUGAAGCAAUCACCGUCUAAUCAAACUCCGAAAGAGUCAGCCUUACCCAUGGGGACGGGCGUGUGAGGACAGUGCCUUUAAAAUGACUAAAUCCAUGUGUCACCUCCAAGAUGUUGCUAUAAUUUGUCUUCUUCAGAGAGACCUGUCACCUGGGUGAUCUGUGACGUCUCCAACCUGCUCUCGUACAUGGUGUGACCUUUGUUUAGCCUUACACAAUAGGCAGCUGCCUAUAGACCACCGACGCGUCAAGUAAACAGUAAUGAUCUUCCAUCACACGUGGAUUCACACCAGUGAAAUUUAUUUUAUCUAGGGAUCUUUGCGGCCAUGAAACUGUGUAUUAAACAAGGACAAUCUUCGUGUCUUUCUCUUAUAAGCUGUUUCUGUUGUUUGUCUUCUGUGCAAUGAGUCAGUGUGGAUUAAAGAUGGAUUUUUCCUCCAUGAAACCAGAAAGGGGACUGCGAGGGAGAUGAGAGCUGGGCGUAGUUUUGCUGAAUAAUUACAGACGUACUUUAAACCCAAAUAUCCCGUAAUCAGUGUGCGAUUUCCUGAAUAAUAAUCCAAAACAUAAAAGAAAAUGAAUUUACACGUGAGGAUUCACAGUUAUAAAAUAUCAGUAAUUUGCAUCUAAAGCUCUUCACAGUUCCCUGCCGCACGUAGUCCUGUUUUAUAUGUGUUUGUUUUUAAUUACAUUAAUUUAAGUUAGCAUGUUUAAUGAGGCAUUAAAUUAAAACAAAUAAAAAAAUAUUAUAGGAAUAUAGCAUUCAAAAUUGAGAAAAAUAAAAACGGUAAAAAAACCAAAUAUAAAUUGAAUCAAUAA